CGCAGGUGAACACAAAAAAUUUUGGUGAUCGUGGCUACGAACUUUUUUUCUUUCCUUCUUUUAUUCGGGAAGAAGAACACUACAUAACUCGUCGACAGGUCAAUUCUAUUUCUCGGCGCUUUCUUCGACCUCAACUCCUUUGGCUAUUAGUUAUUGGCUAUUUACUUAGCAUAAUUCCUUAUUGAACAAGUCAAAAUGCCGUCUCUCAACGGAUCUACUGCCGUCAAUGGUAGCACCAAGUUCCUUGACUACAAAUCUGCAGUUGAGACACUGAACGGAUAUCCUUCUCGUGAUGGCCUUGGUAUUGAGGAUCUCAUUGAUACUAAGCAGCGUGGUGGCUUAACGUACAAUGAUUUUCUGAUCCUGCCUGGCUACAUUGGCUUUCCCGCCUCUGAAGUUGCGCUUGAUGCGCCCAUUACCAAGAGAAUCACAUUGAAGACACCCUUUGUCUCUUCGCCUAUGGACACAGUCACUGAGCAUGAGAUGGCAAUUCACAUGGCUCUUCAGGGUGGUCUUGGUGUCAUUCAUCACAACUGCUCACCAGAUGCCCAGGCCGACAUGGUCCGCAAAGUUAAGCGAUACGAGAACGGCUUUAUUGUCGAUCCCGUCGUUAUUAGCAAGGGGACCACCGUCGAAGAAGCCAAGGCACUCAAGGAGAAAUGGGGAUUUGGUGGUUUCCCUGUGACUGAAUCCGGCAAGCUUGGCUCUAAGCUUCUCGGCAUUGUCACGAAUCGCGAUCUCCAAUUCGAGGAUGAUCUCAGGCAGACUGUCGACAAAGUCAUGGUUACCGAACUAGUCACUGCUCAGCUAGGCGUUACUCUUCCCGAGGCAAAUAAGAUUCUUGCCAAGUCGAGAAAGGGAAAGUUACCCAUCGUCGACAAAGACUUCAACCUUGUCUCCAUGAUUUCCCGCUCCGACUUGACCAAGAACCUACACUUCCCACUCGCAUCUAAGCUCCCCGACUCCAAGCAACUCAUUUGCGCUGCUGCGAUCGGUACGCGACCAGAGGACAAGAUCCGCCUAAAGAAACUCGUUGAUGCAGGACUUGACAUUGUCAUCCUAGACAGUAGUCAGGGUAACAGCAUGUUCCAGAUCGACAUGGUCAAAUGGAUCAAAAAUGAGUAUCCCGGCCUCGAUGUCAUCGGCGGAAACGUGGUGACUCGAGAGCAGGCUGCGAACCUCAUUGCUGCUGGUGUCGAUGGAUUGAGAAUUGGCAUGGGUAGCGGUAGCGCUUGUAUCACUCAGGAAGUCAUGGCUGUCGGUCGUCCUCAAGCAGCUGCCGUUUACUCCGUUUCCGCUUUUGCUGCCAAAUUUGGUGUGCCGUGUAUCGCCGACGGCGGUGUCCAGAACGUCGGUCAUAUUGUCAAGGGUCUCUCCCUUGGCGCAUCUACCGUCAUGAUGGGCGGCUUACUUGCGGGUACUACCGAGUCCCCGGGCACAUCAUUUGUGUCGCGGGAAGGCAAGCUCGUUAAAGCAUACCGUGGUAUGGGUAGUAUCGACGCGAUGCAAGACAAGAAGGCGGGUGCUGGUAGCAAGAACAGCCAGGCUAGCAACGCCGGUACUGCCCGGUACUUCAGUGAAGGAGACAGUGUUCUUGUCGCCCAAGGUGUGUCUGGUGCUGUGGCGCACCGUGGAUCCGUCGGCAAGUUUGUUCCUUAUCUAGCUGCGGGUCUCAAGCACUCGAUGCAGGAUUGCGGUAUGCGAAGCUUGGAAGAGCUUCACGAGUGCGCGGCUAACGGAACACUCCGGUUUGAGGUUCGCACUGCGAGCGCGCAGCUGGAGGGUGGUGUGAACAUGGAGAGCUAUGAGAAGAAACUCUACGCUUAGUAGGCUUUGGUCAGCAAGCUAGGCUAUUGGAUCAGUUUGGACAAUAAACAAAUCUGAGCGGAUGGCAAUGGGCUAUACAAGGAGUGAUGGGUCGGAAUCGGUUAGGACAUAAUGAAUCUCUCAGAUAGUCCUUGGUGCGGAAAACCAAAAACUAAAAGUGAUACCUCUUGAUAGCUUUUUAUGCUUGAUGAUGAGCAAAGUGGCUUCGUCCCACUCAUAGGCGUUUUGCGGCUCAGCAGGGGGCAGGUCAUGUCGGGAUAGGCGGGAGCAAUCUUGGGAUGGAGGGAGUUCAUGUCACAUUUUCACGGGCGUACGAGACAUAAAAAUGGGAUUGAUCAGUGGCGAUGAAUACAAAAAGCAUUUGAAUCAUG